GCGUGGCUUGUGAGCGCAGGCCCGACGCCGGCAGGUGGGCGGGAGCGCGCGACCGAGAGAGAGACAGUCAGAGGCAGAAAAGGGGAUAAAGAGACAGCUUGUGAGCGGUGCUGGGGAAUAAAGAGCGAUAGAGAAUCCACCAGCAGGGACGAGGCUGAGAAAUAGGGCCGAUAGGGAGAGGCAGUCAGAUUAUGCGAGAGACAGCCAAGCAAGGAAAGAGACAGCCUGCGAGAGAGACGGUUCUAAGGUGAGAUCAUUCUUUGGGCAGAAGCAGACUUCCUAGAGAGCCAGCGAAGCCGGGGCACAUAGGUAAAUGUGAGAGCAAACGAGACAGACAGGAAGAGCAUGACAUAGAGAUUCUCAAAGAGACAGUCUGGAGAGAGAACUUGGCAGGGCUGUGGAUUAGCUGAGAGAGGGUGGCAUGUGGGGAAUGACAGUGACAGAUGUAAAGACAUCCCCUUGGAUAAAAAGAGACAGCUUGUGAGAGUCAGGAGGUUAGUGAGCAACACAGCCUUUGAGAGAGACAUAGACAACCAGAGGCCUGGAGAGUGAGACAGCCUGCCAUCUAUUAUCUGUCAACUAAGGUUUUGAGGUAACCAAGGAGACAGCAGGAAAUGGAGAGGAAGUGACAGAGGACUGACAGCACGACUGCCACCUGCCCAACCCGCCAGCGAGACAUCCGUGGGCAGAGGGCAUCAUGUCGGCACCCCAGGUCCAGACCAAGCUGUCCAGCACAGAGCGCCCUGUCAGAGCCGUUCCUUUCCCUCCCACGCGCCGCCUGUCCGUGAAUGAGGUGUUUGUAGAAGGACGCCCGCAGCUGGAGACCCUAAAAAAUCAUCUGAUUAAGGAAGGACGACUGGAGGAGGAAGCCGCCCUACGUAUUAUAAGAGAGGGUGCGGCCAUCCUGCGCCAUGAGAAGACUAUGCUGGAGGUGGAGGCCCCAAUCACAGUAUGUGGUGACAUUCAUGGACAGUUCUUUGACCUUAUGAAGUUGUUUGAGGUUGGCGGCUCCCCUCAUACUACACGCUACCUCUUUUUGGGGGACUAUGUGGACCGAGGAUACUUCAGUAUUGAGUGUGUCCUGUAUCUCUGGAGCCUAAAAAUCAUUCACCCCAAGACCCUGUUCCUUCUACGAGGGAACCAUGAGUGCCGACAUCUAACCGAGUACUUCACCUUCAAGCAAGAAUGUAAGAUUAAGUAUUCAGAGCGAGUGUACGACGCGUGUAUGGAUGCCUUUGACUGCCUCCCACUGGCAGCUCUACUCAACCAGCAGUUCCUCUGUGUCCACGGGGGCCUGUCGCCCGAAAUAACGUGCUUGGAUGACAUCAGGAAGUUAGAUAGAUUUAAGGAGCCCCCUGCCUUCGGCCCCAUGUGUGACCUGCUGUGGUCCGAUCCGGCUGAGGAUUAUGGGAAUGAAAAGACAUUAGAACACUUCACCCACAACACCGUGCGGGGCUGCUCCUACUUCUAUAGCUAUCCUGCCGUCUGUGAGUUUCUGCAGAGCAACAACCUCCUGUCGGUGAUCCGGGCCCAUGAAGCACAGGACGCUGGGUAUCGCAUGUACCGCAAGAGCCAGACCACCGGGUUUCCCUCCCUCAUCACCAUCUUCUCUGCACCAAAUUACCUUGAUGUAUACAACAAUAAAGCUGCAGUGUUGAAGUAUGAGAAUAACGUGAUGAAUAUUCGUCAGUUUAAUUGUUCUCCGCACCCCUACUGGCUGCCAAACUUUAUGGACGUGUUCACCUGGUCUCUGCCCUUUGUUGGGGAGAAAGUCACAGAGAUGUUAAUGAACAUCCUGAGCAUCUGUUCCGAUGACGAGCUGAUCUCUGACGGGGAAGACCCUCUGGAAACUGGUGCUUCUGUACGUAAAGAGAUUAUAAGAAACAAAAUCCGGGCGAUUGGGAAGAUGGCGCGGGUUUUCUCUGUGCUCAGGGAGGAAAGUGAGAGCGUCCUAACGCUGAAAGGGCUGACCCCCACCGGAACGCUGCCCCAGGGGGUGCUGUCUGGAGGGCGACAGACUCUGGAGAGCGCCACUGUUGAAGCGGUCGAGGCUCAGGAAGGUGGCGCCACGCGUGGAUUCUCUCCCCAGCAUAAGAUCCGCAACUUUGAGGAAGCCAGGGGGCUCGAUCGCAUCAAUGAACGCAUGCCCCCACGCCGCCCCUCAUCCGCCCAGGACCCCAACAUCAUCUCCACCGACAAGAACAACACCAACAAAAGCCCGCAGUGACGGAUCCACCGACGGUACCCGUGACUCCUGGCACAGACUCUUGCCAUCAUCAUCCAUGACAAUUGCGUGUCUGAGGGCAGGACUCUCACAGCCAGGCUCACUGUCGCAGAGUGUGCGCACACAUAAACACACAUGUGAUAUACCGACGGGAACGCGUUACACCCAUACUGGAACCAUCAGUGUAUCCAGGUGCAUACAUUAAAUACAUCUGGUUAUGUAGGAGCGGUGUAUGCACACACUGGAUACUGAAUAUAUAAAUAAUUGACAUUAUCACCCAGAGCUGAGGAAAUAACUGCGCACGCUCAUUGCAACCACACGUCCACCCCAUGCAAGCACUGUGAGCACACACUCACACUCAGCAACACAACACACACACAGGGCUGGUGUGUCCUGCAGUUUGUAUUCUCUUUGUAAAUGUUAUUUGCGUUCUAUAUACAUAUAUAUAUAUUUAUACAUGUGUAAUAUAAAGAACCUGUUUUUUUAAUGUAGGGUUCGUCUAGCCGCUGCCGCCGCAGCAGCUGCAGUAUUGUACCAUAACGUGGGGCGGAUGUUUUGCCCCCUUCUCUGUACUUCUGUGGUACGCAGCCCUGCAUGGAAACGGUUAAAAAAGAAAAACAAUCUGUUUCUGUCAGGAAUUGCUGAUUGCAUACGUAUAUAUAUAUAUAACAAUU